AUGCAUCUCACCGAGGCUAUUGUCAAGAACUGCGGCAAGGCGAUCCGAGCGCGAAUCGCGCACCCCAAGUUCAUGAACACGAUGGACUUGCUGUACAAGGAACACCGCGGAAAG